AUGUCUUUCCCACAGCCUACUCCGAUGGCACAGUCAAGGGAGCAUAUGGACGAAGUGAAAGAGAAUAUCUCUCUAACCCCCACGGGUGAGGAAAAUGGAAGUGAUGACAGUAUUGAUACUGUUGCCCAGGUAAUAAUGGACCCAGAUGAGAUUGAAUACACGGCAGAGGAGCAUCGAAAGCUCUUGCGAAAGAUUGAUUGGCGCAUCGUUCCUCUCGCUGCUUGGGCUUGCGGUCUACAAUUUGUGGACAAGUCUGGUCUCGGUGCCGCCGCCACAUAUGGUCUUCGCGAUGACCUCCACCUCGUUGGUCAGGAGUACUCUUGGCUUUUCGAAUCAUGCCUUGUUCCUGGACUGUUGCUUGUCACAACCAUGUGGUAUACACAAGAGGAACAGCCUCUCCGCUUUGGCUUGUGGACAAUGACGAACGGUGCUCUUCCGGUGCCCUUCUUAGUUAUUUACUAUGGACUCGGACAUGUUACAACAGGGCCCAUAACAUCUUGGCGGCUAAUUUUCCUCACCAUUGGGCUACUGAGCAGUUUGACAGGGGUACUUAUGUUUACUUUCAUGCCUGAUGCGCCCCAAUCUGCAAAAUGGCUGAGUGAGCGAGAAAGGGCUAUAGCUGUCAAGCGCGUUGCCCAGGCCCAACUUGGGCUUAAAAACACACAUUUUAAGUGGGAACAGGUGAAGGAAACAUUGAGAGACCCACAUGCGUGGUUGUUAAUCUUACAGAUGUUGUUCUCCCAGACUGCAGGGAGUGUGACAACCAACUUUCUCGGCAUUGUGAUCAAGGGAUUUGGGUACACUGCACUGAAAGCACAAUUAUAUACCGCCCCCAAUUACGCUAUUCAGGCCAUCGUGCAACUGCUUGUUUCUGGUCCCCCGACAUUCUUCGUCUUUUUCCGCAACAAGAAGCAGCCACUUGCAGUUUUAGCCAGUAUCGUUGGCGUCAUCGGUAUUAUUAUUCUAUACGUGACUCCCCCCGAGCACCAGUACCAAAACCGUCGACUCGCAGGUUGCAUUAUAAUCUCAGCUUCCGGUGUCAAUUAUACAGUGAUCAUGUCUAUCAUUGGUGCCAAUUUUGUAGGAUUUACGCGGAAACAGACAGUCACAUCGGCCGCCUUCUUCCUCUACUGUGUCGCCAAUAUUGUGACACCUCAAACCUUCCUGGGCGAGGAAAGCCCUCAAUAUCAUACUGGAUGUCUUUCGAUAUAUAUUGCUCUCUCCAUGACCACAUGGGUUUCCAUGCGAUUGGAGAAUAAUCGCCGAGAAUCGCGCGCUCGGGAAAACCCCGACAAUGUGAUUAAAUAG